AUGUGGUAUACUGAAGAUGUGGUUGAUUUUUCAUUGUUAGAAGUUCCAUUAUCCUGUGGUCAAGAGUUCUCCAGUGACGUCUCAAAGAACGGAACCUUCACCAGCCCUAAUUACCCGGAACCUUAUCCUGCGAAUGUGUUUUGCGUCUACUCUUUUAUGGGACGGGGAAAAGAAAGAGUACAGAUCCUCUUCACGGAUUUCGAUCUUCAUCUACCACAUGAGCCGCCAAGAGACUGUGACAGUUUAGAUGCGGUGAUGGUAUUCAUAACUAUUAACGGCCAGAAGGAGAGAGUCGAUAAUUUUUGUGGCAACAAGCUCCCUGCGCAACUGAUGUCCAACGGACCUUCGAUGUUGGUUGAGUUCCGAUCUCUCCAUUCCUCUCCAGAGGUCAAAGGAUUCAGAGCCAUCUACAAGUUCGUAACAGAUUUCGGUAUAUCAGCUACGAGGCAAGACCCAUCGUCAGUGUGCGGGUUCAUCUUUCAGAGCGACGACAGAAGUAAUGGUACUUUUACAUCUCCCAACUUCCCCGGUUUCUACCCCCGUGACACAGAGUGCCACUAUUUCUUCCACGGAAGGCCCAAAGAAAAGGUCCACAUUACCUUCAACAAGUUUGACGUCGAUGGAAUUCCUCC